AUCAAACCAAAGCAAUUUACACUUCUUUGAUUCGUGUUCAUCACUGUUCGUGUGUGCUACGCAAUUUCGCGAUCCUUACGGGCUGACCGUGUUUUUCUUCCCAAGUUAUUUCAAGGCUUAAUUACGACUCGCCAAGAUGACGAAGUUAAUACAACAAUUAAAUUUUAGUAGUAGUAUUAGUAGUAAUUAUAAUAAUUACUACGACGUCGCUGGCUUGGAACCACCCGCUGUUGAAGAGAAGAAUUACUAUGGCGACAGCGCGUCUUUGAGCGCGGCCGGCAGCAAGCGCUCGGCUUUGUCGGCUUCCGACGCCGAGUGUUUCUCGCUGUGCCUGGGUGCCGGGCCUCUGUGGUGGUCCGAUGUUCCGGCUCACGGCUCGGCACCGCCCGGAGGGGUGAAUGGCGGGGCCGCGAGCCCCGCUACCCCAUCUACACCCACCCACGACGACAACAACCGUGACUUGUUGAGCGCCCUACUAUGGGCAAGCGCGAGUUCCCUCGCGUCCAGCGCGGAGUCUCUCGUCACCGAGUCCCAGUCUCCCACGCAUGCGCACCCAGCACUCCACCAGCAACGCAGAGAAGCGGUUAUAAGCAAGAUUCUGGAACGCAAGGACAGGCAGCCGGUAAAAAUCGACUUUAAGAUCUUCCUUACUGAGAACACGGUGACCCGCUGGGAAGCUGUGGUCCAAGGUGGCACUAUCUACCUGCGUAUGCCGGGAGUCCUUCAGUCCGGCAGUAAGGAGAGCUUCAUGCUACUUCUGGACUUCGCCGAGGAAAGGCUGGGGUGUAACAACUGCAUCAUCUGCGUCCUGAAGAGCCGACCGGACCGCGCCACCAUUCUUCGCACUUUCAUGUUCAUGGGAUUCCAGUUACUACCACCAAACUCCCCUCUUAUGCCGCAAGAAAUCACCAACCCGGAGUACAUAUUCCUGCACUACAAUAUGCAGUAAUGCUCAAAACUUCCGAGUCGCAAUAAGUCGGAAAAACUAACUUUUUUUUAGACGAACUCGAAAUUUCCGAGUUUGAACUCGGAUAUUUCAGUUUUAAGUUCUAAUUUAUUUCAUCCAGAUGUCUCCUAGCCGGCGUCUCUUUCCGCCUUUUGUGGACUCAAAAUUUUCGAGUUUUAGUGUACCUACGUAGCUUCGUUAUCUAGAAACAGUAUUUUGAAGUCGCACGUUUUCUAUCAUGUUUAUGAAUAAUCACCUGGGCUUGCUUAUAUUAUGGCAACAACAAGUCUGUAGUAUUAGAUACUUAGGGUAUUGUUAUAUGACGAGUUAAUACGAAUUUCUUUUCUUUUCAUACAUUUUAAUACUCGGAAAUUCCGAGUUGCAACUCAUUUGAGUGUAAUUGAAUAGUUCGCUCUAAACUAGAAUUCUAUUCUGCCUUUCUAUUUUGCUGAAAUAAAAUCUAGCUUUCAUAAAAAUCUAAUAAGUAAAAGGAAUUCGAAUUAAUAAGAUUUCUAUGAUUUCAGCUUAUCAAAUUUACGCUAACUUUGUUUAUUUUCCAUAAAAACUGACUAUUGUAGAAGUUUCCUUAUUAUUAUUGUAACUAUUAAGUCGUUUCUUUAACAAUUAUUAUUAUUAUACCUAUAUAUUAUUAAUAUGAUUACUCUAAAACUUAAUAUUAUGUAUUGUCGUCGUGUAUUGUCACCCGCUCCGGGGUAGAGCAAAAAAAAAUUAACAAAAAAAUACAAAAAAAAAACUAAAAAAAAAUACAAUUUAAUUAAUAAAAUGAAGGAUUUUUUAAAAAUAUUUCGGAUUUAUUACAACUUUAGGUUCGCAAGUCUUUACAUUUUAACUCAUAACAUCUUUGUUUUAACGACUUGACGUUGGAAUUUUUUUCGAAAUAUUUUUUUAUUUCUUAGUUUUUUGGAGCGUUCACAGUUCGGUACUUUGAAGGCGAGCUGGAGACUGUGAACUCCUUUGUAAGUUAGAAUAAGCAUAGAAGUAGAAAUAAGUGGUUUUACGUUAAAAUUAUAGUGAGUAUUGAAAUUAAUAAAAAAUAGGUAAUUGACGUACCUAUAUUGAAAAAUAAAAUCUUAUAAUUGAAUUUAUUCUCGUCAAAAUUGUGGAUAUACCUAAGUCGACCAUCAGACACGGAAUAGAACCAUUUAUAAAUGUGUCUAUUUUACUUUGAAUUACAUUUUGAAGGGAAUAUUUUCUUUUUAAUCUUGUCACCCUAGCCUUUUUGCUACAACGAUAAGUCCCAUUUUUUCAGUAUUUUUUUCAUAUGGUCACUCUUUCACCACUUUCGUUAAGGGACGCGUUGUGUAGUUAUUUGUAAGUCUUAUAUAUUAAUUGAUAAAGAAUAAAGUAAAUAAUAAUCAAAAA